UCUUAGGACAAUAUCAUCCCAUUCCCAAUAAUUUAUCAAGACAAUGAUGUUAUCAGUUAUCAUCAUCCCAACUGCCCAGAAAAAUUAACCUUAUUUGAGAGAGAUUAGCAAGCAGUAAACAACAGCAGGUAAACAACUACUACUACUACUACUCACUCAUGAAGUCAUGAGUAGCAGAGCUGUCACAGUUGCAGUUUCUCAACGGUCGUCAGCAGAAGGCCGUAAAAAUGGCGGAUCCCCACGUUCUGCUUCGCUAUCAAAUUCCAAUUCCUCCAUUUCUUCACUGUAAUUAAAAUAUACAACAAGCAGCAUAUCCUAAUAAAUCUCACUCUGUCUCACUCUCUCUCCUCACUCCCAUGUUCCAACCCCACACACAUCCAAAAUCCCACUCAGCAAUGCUUUCUCUCUCCUCCCUUUUCCUCCUCUUCCUUCUCUCUCUACCCAUUUCUGCAUAUGCCUUUGGAUCCAUGGGCCCCAUCUCUGCCGCCUUUGGCGGCGGAGACGCCUUUUUCUGCGCCAUCGACGCCAGCGGCAAACAAGGUAUUAUUUGCUGGGGUAUGUCACCGGAGAAGACGUCGGAGAAUUUCACAACCAUCCCUUCCAUGGCUGCCCUCUCUGGUGGCGAAGGUUUUAUGUGUGGUAUUCUAGCAAACACUUCGCAGGCAUACUGCUGGGAUUCCCAUGGUACAGGUAACGAACUGGUACCGCCUUUUUAUAGGUAUAAUAAUUAUUCCUCUAUUGCUUCUGGAAAGAAUCAUGUUUGUGCUAUACGAGGGAAUUACUAUUCUGAUAGUAGUAAUUCUGGUUCUGUUGAUUGCUGGGAAAUUAUUAAUGGAUCAAAUUCAAACACAUUUACUUCGAAACAGAGUGCUCUGUUUUAUGAUCAAUCUAUUAGCAGUCUAGUCUUUGAGAAGAUUGUUUCAGGAGAUGGGUUUAGUUGUGGUAUUGUUAAAGAUGAUGAAGAGCUUAUUUGUUGGGGUCCAAGUUCAACCAAUUUAGGAAUUUCCAAGAUUUCAGAUAAUUUUCUUGGUUUAUCUUCUAGCAGAAGUAGUGUCUGUGGGGUUGUCAAACCUUCUGGUGAAGUCAAAUGCUGGGGUAAGAAUGAUUCAUACCCUGAUCCCCCAUCCGGGGUACGAUUCGUUGCUUUGACCGGUGGGUCUCGCCAUUUUUGUGGUAUUCGAGCAGAUACUCAUGCUGUUGAUUGUUGGGGAGGGUUCAACUCUUCAUCAAUACCAAAGGGUUCUGGAUUUUUUGCAAUAGCUACAUCAGAUGUUGCAGCAUGUGGCAUAAGAGAAGAAGAUUUGGUGCUUGAUUGCUGGUUUGUGAAUGAGAGUAGUGCACCUACGCAGUAUAAUCCGCCUUUGCAGCUUUGUAGUCCUGGGUUAUGUAGUCCAAGGUCUUGUGAUGUAGGAGAGUUCACCUUCAACGCGAGUGCUCUCAAUGAGCCUGAGUUGACUAAUGUAUGCAUACGAAGAGAUUUGCAUUUGUGUUCAUCUUGUGGGACUAAUUGCUCAUCGGGUUACUUUUUAUCAAGUCCGUGCACGGGUAAUGCAGAUAGAGUAUGUACUGAGUGUUCUCUUUGUCAAAAUAGCUCGUGUUGGGGUGUAUGUGGACUUGCAGAAGUGGAAUUGAAGCGAAGACAUCAACGUCAAAUGCAAAAGAUAGUUCUGAUAUUGGGACCAUCUAUUGCUGGUUUUCUACUGAUAUUGAUUGGUUGGUGUCUUUUCCCUUAUUUGUACUUCUUCAAAGCGAAAGAUGGACCUACCAAACAGUUUAGAUCAUGUAUUGGGAAAAAGGAUCCAGAGUCUGAUGCUAAUGGUGAUGCCAAUCCGCCAAUGGCAGUUGCAUGUUGUCCAGAUGAAGCACAGAUAUUCCGACUGUCAGAGCUGAAAGAUGCCACAAAUGGUUUCAAGGAGUUCAAUGAGCUAGGAAGAGGAAGUUAUGGAUUUGUGUACAAGGCCUUACUAACAGAUGGGAGGCAAGUUGCAGUUAAAAGAGCAAAUGCAGCGACUAUAAUUCACACGAAUAUCAGGGAAUUUGAAAACGAGUUGGAGAUCCUUUGCAAAAUGAGGCAUUGCAACAUAGUAAACUUGUUGGGUUAUUGUACAGAGAUGGGGGAAAGGCUGCUUGUUUAUGAAUACAUGACUCAUGGAACAUUACAUGAUCAUCUUCAUGAUGGUCUAUCUCCACUUAGUUGGACUAUUCGGUUGAGGAUUGCAAUGCAAGCUGCAAAAGGACUUGAGUACCUUCACAUGGAAGCUAAUCCUCCUGUUGUUCAUCGUGAUGUAAAGACAUAUAACAUUCUUUUAGAUUCAGAUUGGGGAGCCAGGAUUUCAGAUUUCGGAUGUUUAAAUUUUAAUGAGAGAGAUUUAGAUGAAGAUAUGAAAAACGAUGUGUACAAUUUUGGAGUUGUUCUGCUAGAGAUACUAAGUGGAAGAAAAGCAUACGAUGUGGAUUACUCGCCUCCAAAUAUAGUUGAGUGGGCAGUUCCUCUGAUAAGGAGAGGGAAGGCAGCUGCUCUUAUUGAUAGAUAUGUGGCUCUUCCAAGAAACGUGGAACCAUUGCUUAAACUAGCUGAUAUAGCAGAGUCUGCAGUUCGAGAAAGUUCAAGUGAUCGGCCAACAAUGUCAGCAAUAGCUAAUUCGCUGGAACAGAUUGUAAAGGAAGGAUUAAUAUUGUAGUUGCUGGUAAAGGUCUGAUAUUGCCCAACAUCACACACAAGCUUUUGGUCAACUAUAGCGCGAUUACAACUGUAUAUGUAUCCUGAGCCUCUUGUACAUUAACUUGCCAUUUUUUUUA